UUGAAGGUUGUUGCUUUUGCGCUCGGCAUCGUGAGUGCAAUUGUGGAAAGUGGCAUAAUAGCAAUCGCAGCGAUCUUCAUCUUUGGAUGGUCUGUGCCAAUAUCACUUAUAUGCGGAGUUGUACUCGCCGCCAUCUCGCCGGCUGUCACGGUCCCUGUUAUGCUUGACUUGCAAAACCAAGGACUUGGUACACGAAAGGGUGUUCCAACGCUUGCUCUAGCAUCGGCGACCCUCGACAAUAUUUUCUGCAUCACAGCGUUCUCCAUUAUCACUUCGAUAGUGUUCUCAACAGGUAAGCUGAUAUAG